CUACGAAUCAACCCGCGUACUCAGCCCCUCGCAGCCAUGGACGACACGUGGCUUUCGCGGCAGUUAUUGGAGAUGGAAAGUCUCAGCGCCAUCUAUUGCGAGGAGGGUGACUUGCGUGUGGACGAGGAGGCGCUCGAAGCGCUGGGUGCCGCAGCGAAAGACGUGGAGGCGUCGCUGUCUCGGCUUCCGGCGCUGUCCCUCUCUGUGCGCGUCUUCACGGACGACGCGGUGGCUGCGGGCUCGGUGCGCCUGGCGGCGGUGCUGCCGCAUGGAUAUCCGACCACAGCCGCACCGAUGGUGUGGUUGGAGCCCGAAGUGGAGGCCUCGACCUCCUCGCGCUUCCUGCAAGUCGCUGACGAUGAUCAUCUCGGCCAACGAUUGCAAGAAGCGGCCCUCCACUGGGGCCAGAAGGGCGAGGAAUGUUUGUUGCCGCUGAUCCAGACAGCUGAGGAGCUCAUCCGUACCUGGGCAGACGACCUGGCGGUGGCCAUGGCGGUUCAAGAGGAGUUGGAGGAACAAGAGGAGGUGCCCACCUUAGCUCCGCCAUGCACCCGCGUGCUGCGAGCGCGUGGCGCUCUGGGACGGCGGGCGAUGUUCUCCCACCACAUCAUCGCUCCGGGGAAGCGACAAGUGAUCAAAGACUGGGCAGCACAGUUGCAGCUGGGCGGAAUGGCCAAAGUGGGCUGGCCCGGUGUGAUCAUCGUGGAGGGUGAAGAGCCCAAUGUCGUGGCCUAUGUUGAAGCCUUGAGCCGUUUGCGCUGGAAGCACUUCGUGGUGCGAGCAGAGCAAAUGAUCGAGCUGGAUGGGAUGCCUUUGGACUCCCUGCGUGUGCUGCCGGUGCCCUUGGAGGAGUUUCCACCAGAUGGGAUGUCCGAGUUCUCCGCACGCUGUCGCCAUUUGGGUGUGGAGGAGCUUUUCCUGGCUGCUUUGAAAAUUGGUGACAAGGCCGCGAGCAAGAAGGGCAAGAAGCGGUGAUGGUGUCCUGGAGCGCCGAGGAAAGAACAUACGGCGGCAGCCAUAGGGUUGGG